GGAAAGAGGGUGAUGAAGUGAGAAGCCGGGAGGUGAUAAAUGGAAGAGGUGAAGGGCUGAAUUAGGACAAAUUUGAUGAGAGUGAGCCAUGGAAGAAAGGGGAGUAAGGGCACUCCUUUUCGUCCACUAUGCACUGUAAACACUUAAAAUCGCAGUUUAUAAGGUCGUAAAUACAUGUUGGUAUUUAUGCACAUUUUAUUUUAUAUCCGUAUUUUAGCCUCUAACUUAUUAUUUUAUACUGUUCUUUAUUCUUUAUAAUUGUUCUUGUUGCAUGUCGCGCCAACACACCGCAGCAAAUUCCUAAAACGUAUAUGACGAAUAAAGUUGAUCCUUGAUUACCAUCGCGAAUUUGGAAGGACGGAAUGAAUGGGUGAACGGGAGAUCCAGGUCUGUUCCACCACUGAGGAGUUGAGAUGAUCGUAUGGGGGUGAACUCGCUAACGCCCUCGCGUUGCAGAGACACCCGCUGCCCACUGACUACAGACCUCGGUCGCAGUUAGUCCCUCUAAAGGAGUGCUGCCCUGUCGUUCCACGGCUCCUCAUCCAUAGUCAGAGGGUGAGGGCCUCCCCGGGCUGCGGCUUUCUCCACACCCCUUUACAAAACUGCAGGGAAACGAAACCGAAAGCGCGUAACGCCGAAGAAACGUAAAUGGAAGUGGAAGUUGUAGCGUCGGCGUAGGGUAGCGGCAAGUGCAGAAGUUUGCUGACGCAGAAACGGUUCGGAAAGAAAAUGGCCAAUGCAGAAGCAACAACUUCUGAUGCUGGCCACAAGUAUGUGGAAAAGCUCACCCUUUAUGCAGCAUUAGUUGAUGAGAACUUGACCUGGGAAGAGUCACAAAGUGGACCAUCUCAUGACCCUGUGUUCAUAAUUUCUGCAAAACUUGGGAAUAAAAUAUACCCCGAGGCCCAGGGCAAAACAAAGAAGAAAGCUAAACAGAAUGCAGCUAAGAAUGCUUGUGAGUUUCUGGACCUGGAAACAGAAUCUGAGCAGCCUCUCAACAGCUCCUUCCGAACACCGAGCCCAGCUGGCGGGGAAAAUUACGUCAGCAAGCUCAAUGAAUACAAGCAGAAGCAUGACCUGAAAAUGUGGUACGCUGAUAACGAGAUCAGUACAGGGGUGGCUCACAUACAAAAGUUUAGUUGUCAAGUUAUCAUUGAUGAUAGGAAAUAUCCAGAAGGCUUUGGAGGAAGCAAGAAAGAAGCCAAGAGAGAAGCCGCAAGACUUGCAUUGGUGGAAAUUUCGAAACAUCCAUUUACUUUCAAGAAUCUCGAGAAAUCACUGGUUGAUGUGAAGAAUGAGGAAGAGCCCAAGGAGAAUACAGAAGGCUCUCAUGUCCAGAAUUCCGAAAGGCUAACAGAAGAUGAGGCGGCACGGCUGAAAGAGAUGAGGAAUCUGCCCUCUGGUGUGGUUGCUGCUGAAAACUCCAUAAGCUUCACUUCUGGAAUGUCAUUCAGAGGGUCAACAAAUGCAGUUGGAGAGCUGAACGAGUUUUGCCAGAAGAAAGGACUGUCCCACGACUUUGUGCAAGUGGACCAGCGAGGACCUUCUCACGUCCCAGAGUUUACUGUACGAUGCGUAAUAAAUGGAAAAAAAUUUCCAAGUGCCACUGGGAAUAAUAAACAAGAUGCCAAGCGGAAAGCAGCGUUUCUGGCUUUGGAAGAACUGAAAAAGUCCGAUGUUCUAUCAUUAGUAUCAGGAAGUAAGCAAAACAGAAGUUCGGAACAGGAAGAUGACAAAUGCUGGGACAUGUCGAACUCUGCUUCAGCAAACCCAUCUACACCCAGCACGGGGAAUACUUCUGGGUCCAGAAUGCCAAGGCGAUUAGCACCAACUUGGACGAAUACGACAGGAUCUUUUGAGGAGAGGGGAAAAGGUGUAAACCCAAGAAUAAGCAUGAAGGAAUUUACUGACAAAAAAAGAAUCGGCGAAGGCGGAUUUGGCUGUGUUUAUAAAGCAAAGCAUUCUGUUGAUGAAACGUACUAUGCGAUCAAGGAAAUACCUACACGGGAUGAAAGCACCAGACGAGAGGCCGUGGUUUUGGCAAAUAUGGAACAUCCCAACAUUGUUCGAUACCACACUUCCUGGUUUGAAGAGAGGGAUAACAAGACAUACCUGUAUAUCCAAAUGAAGUUGUACGAGAAGAACUUAAAUGUCUGGAUACAAGAAAACUUCCAGCAACAGCGGACCGAAGAUUCCUUAAGCAUAAUGCGUCAAUUGUUGGAUGGUGUUGAGUACAUUCAUCGGGAGAAGUUGAUUCAUCGGGAUCUGAAGCCGGCAAACAUCUUCCUUAUCGAAGGAGAGAAGCUGGAAGCAAAAAUUGGUGACUUUGGCCUCGUUAAGGUGAACGAUCAGAGUUCACACACCAAGCACGUUGGAACAACUUACUACAUGAGCCCAGAACAGCUCAGAGGAGACGACUACAACCACAAGGUUGACAUCUUUGCCUUGGGACUGAUCUUCUUUGAGCUCCUCUGGAUGUAUCAGGGCUCUGAAUCAGAAAAACACCAGAAUUGGAAAAAGAUUCGCAAGGGUACGUUUCCCGACUGUUUUGCUGAACAGUAUACCAGUGAGAGCAUCUUAAUCCGAAAAAUGCUGACGGAGACUGCAGCUGAACGACCAGAGGCGGCUGAGGUGAGGCGGGGGAUGGACUCCUCCCAUGCACAAACCAUUUGAGGGAUAUAAGAAGUAAGAGCCCUGCAGGAUAGCCAUCUCAGAAUGUGGAACUUAAAUAAUCGCCAUCCUUCCAACAGAGGAAUCUUGUCAUGCACUUUUUAAAAGUUCACUUCUGGUACUUUUUUAUAUUAAUUGUUUCAUACCUGGACUAAGCAGUGUUAAUCAAUGUUUGAUUCCAAGGAUCUGUUUAAUUGGAGGUUCCUGUCAUUGCAAUAGUCAGUUAGUUUUUGAAGCAACAUAAAGGUUUAUAUACUUAGUAAUCACUUUAUUAGGUACAGGAGAUGAGUCUUUGAUCUUCUGCUGCUCUGGACCAUCCUCGUGCACUCAAGAGUCGCUCUUCUGCCACCACUGUUGUUACAUGGAGCUACUUGAGUUACUGUUGCCUUCCUGUCAGUUUGAACCAGUCCAGCCAUUCUCCUAUGGUCUCUCUUAUUAACAAGGUGUUUUCACCCAUAGAACUGGCACAUACUGGAUGUUUGAUUUUGUUUUUCGCACCAUUCUCUGUGAAUUCUAGAGAUUGUUGUGCGUUAGAUUUCAGAAGACCAGUAGUUUGAGAUACUCAAACCACCCCAUCUGGCACCAACAAUCAUUCCAUGAUCAAAGUCACUUAGAUCACAUUCCUUCCCUCAUCAGAUGUUUGGUCUGAACAACAACUUAACCUCGACCAUGAUAUUUGUAUUAAUGAGCUGGUGUACAGGAGUACCUAAUAAAGUGGCCACUGAACGCAUAUCAGCAAACAUUUCAUCCCCUCACCUCCUCACUAGCUCAUCCAUCUCCUCAGCCACAUUCCCACCACUUCAAUGCACGUACUUCACUGGAUUGUGCUUCCCCUCACUCCCACCUCCAUGCAGAUCCCUCACCUCCUCACUCCCACCUCCUUGAAGAUCCCUCACUCCCCCACCUCACCCAGAACCCUCACCCCAUCACUCCCCACCUCAUGCACUCACCCACCCCUUAAUGCCCUCACCCCAUUGCCCAACACCUUCCGCUGCUCUCCCAUACCCUCAUCCAACAUCCUCGGCCUCUCAUCCACCCCUUCACCAACUGCUCCCCAGCCGGCACACCUUCCAGCUCUCAGCCCUCAAGGCCCAGGUUUGAUCCUGAGUGGACCAGGAGGGAUUCCUCCACUUCCCUCCCACGUUGCGAUGUUGUAGCUGAAGUGCUUGGGGUAAGUUUUCCCAAGUGUUGGUGGGGUGCGGGGGGAAUGGGUGGAAAUGUGACAGAAAAUGGGUUACAGGGAAAUAAAUGAAGGGAUUGCUGGUGUAGAAUCAACAGGCCAAAUAAAGCCCCUCACAAACCAGGGAAUUGAGUGCAGGAGUUGGGAUGUUAUACUGAAGUUUUCUAGGAAGUUGGUGAGGCUGAAUUUGGAGCAUUAUAUACAGUUCUUGUCACCUACCAUAGCAAAAGAUACCAAUAAGGUUUGAGAGGAUGUUGCCAGGACAUAAGGGACUGAGUUACAGGGAAACAUUGAAUAGGUUAGGACUUUAUUCCCUGGAGCUUAGGAGAAUGAGGAGAGAUUUGGUUAGAGGUGUAUGAGGUUGUGAGGACCAUCAACAGGGUAAAUGGAAGCAGGCUUUUCCCCUCGGGUUGGGUGAGAAUAGAACUGGAGGCCAUAAGUUUGAGUGAAAGGUGAAAUAUUUAAGGCAAAACUUGACUCGAGGGUGGUGAGAGAGUGGAACGAGCUGCCAGUGGAAGUGGUGGGUGCAGGUUUGAUUUUAACAUUUAGGAGAAGUUUGGAUAGGUAUAUGGAUGGGAAGGAUAUGAUCUGGGUGUAGGUCAAUUGAAUUAGUCAGAGGUCCAGGCUGGCAUGAAUUAGAUGGCCUGAAGGGCCUGUUUCUGUACUGUAGUUCUCUAUGACUCUGUAGCGUCAGCUGGUGAUGGUUGGAAAACAUGUCUCCAGCAUGCCUUCUGAAAGAUUAGAUAUGGAGAGGACACACAAAAUGCUGGAGGAACUCAGCAGGUCAAACAGCAUCUGGGAAAGGAAUAAACAGUCAACAUUUUGUGCCGAGACUCAUCAUCAGAACUCAUCAGAGCAGUCCUGAUGAAGGUUCUCAGUCCAAAACUGUGGCUGUUUAUUCCUCUCUAUAGGUGCUGCCUGACCCGUGGAGUUCCUCCAGCAUUUUGGGUGUUACUCUGGAUUUCUAGCAUCUUCAGAAUCUCUUGUGAUUGUGGGGAGGACAUUCCCAUCUGUUAGGUGGGAGGAGGAGUGAAUCUAGAACGAAGGAGCCACUGAAAUAGGAUUGGGACAGUCUUUUCUAACAGAGGGUCUUCCUUGAAGGAUGGUGAAAGCAGGGUCUUCGAGUAUUUUUGAAGGCUGAACUAGACCAAUUCUUGAUAAACAAAGGGAUAGAAGGGGGAAUGAAAGGGCUCAAGGGUCAGUGGGACUUUGGAAUCAGAUUGGUUAUUAAAUGGGAGAAUGACCAAGGGGACAGGUCUGAAUUAAUAGGUUGAUGUGAACAUUUGCUUGUUCACAAGAUGAGUUUUAAAAUUUUAAACCUUUAAUGUUCGGACACUAUUAAAAUUGAGGAAAUCGGUUUUAAAAAACACUACAUUUAAAAUAAUCACAUUUCAUUAAAAUAUUGAAAUACUUAGAAAGCAUUAAAGAAACGUUUAAUUUUAAAAAAAGGACGUAACUAUUCCUGCACUCCUCAAGCAGAAAUUUCCCAGCAAAGUGAGUCGGUCUGUGUGGGACUCCCCAGUGCAGUGCUGAGGUGGUCCUAGCCAAAGGGAGCUCUGUCCAUGGCCCCUGUGUGGGGACAGGAUCCUUCCACUGGCACCUGUUACUCACUGGGUUUCUCUAGGUCGGGGGUAGGUACAGCAGUUUGAGUGAUUGGAAGCCACCACAUCCCUUUGGAAUAGGUAGUAGAACAGCGAUCACUCCAGUUAAGUAUGAUGUUCUCCUAAGGGUUCGUCUAUUAGUGGAUCCUCAGGUAGCCAAUCCGGGGUCCACAUAACCAGGAUGUUUUGGUGGAUUCCUUACUAGGUAGGGUCAUGCAUGGGCAGCCACCACGGCCUGUGUCAGAUCGGGGUCCGGGCUCAGCAGCAUAGAGUACAAGACCACUGAGGACGCUCCACUGCUGUAGUCUUCCUCCACCAUCACUGCCAUUGUGACUUGUCAUCAUCCUGUGCGGGCGCUGAAGUCUUGGUUGGAUUGAUCUUUGUCUGGAACCUCCCUGAGGCCUUUCUGUCAUGGAGCUAAGCCCCAGAUGGCUAAACUCCAGAUAGCAUCACUUUUGGGAACUCAGAAACUCAGAAGCCUCCCCACCACAACAAGGUGUCAGUCCUCAGAGAAGGAUUUGGAAAAGGUGGCUGCAGUAUAUCCAGCAAGAUUUAGCCCUCCGUUGUAGGCCUUGCUAUUCUGGAGCCCUUUCGAUCCUUCCCAGUAACUGGAUCCUCUUUGCUCUAGAUACCUCCCUGUUCUGCCUCUUCCCAAUUCUGCGGUACUUUCUCAACUGAUUUAUGGUCAGGACGCAGCUCCUCCAAGCUGCCUUAAGUGGUCCUUUAUCUAAAAAAGCAAAAACCUGCAGAGGAUGGAAACCUGAAAUAAAAACAGUAAAUGCUGGAGGCACUCAGCAAGCCAGACGACAUCUGUGGAGAGCCAGAGUUAACGUUUCAGUGCAACAACAUAAAUGGGACUUGGGGAAUAGUUAUAAAUCAAAUGUGUUUUACAUCACAGAGAAGAGGCAGGGGUGGAGAGGACAAAUAGAAUGGCAAUGAAGGGUGGUCACCUAGAGAAACUCAACGACAGUGGCAGUGGUGGUGCUGGCUGGGAGAAGGUGGUAAUGACGUGUGUCAGUAAAGAUAGAGAUUAGCUUUUUAAAUCAAACCAUGUAGUGAAAUAUAUCAUUUGUGCCAAUGACUAACACAGUCCAGGGACAGCCUACAAGGUCUUGCCGUGCCUCUAGUACCAACGUAGCAUGCCUACAACUUACUAUCCCCAACCAGUACAUCUUUGGAAUGUGGGAGGAAACCCACGCAAUCACAGGGAGAACGUACAGCAGUGGGAAUUGAACCCUGGUCACCAGUGUUAUAAAAUGGUCACUGCCAGGAAUUGACAACUGCAGGGCCAUGAGACACCGGGCAUCUUGAGUGAAUCUAACAUGGGAAGGGAGGAAUUCACCAGGAAUUUCGUAGUUGGAGACAUUUGCUGGGGUAAGAAAUUGGCCCUGAAAGGUAAUACUAGUCAACAACGCGCUAUAAACAAGAAACCAUUGAAUGCAGACAAGUAAAAGGGAAAGGAACUCCCGUGGGAGAGGGGAGCAGACUUACCCAGGGGAGCGGCAGUCGUUCCAGCUGAAACUGGAAAUCAGAGGUUGCUCCUCACUGCUGGUACAUUUCCCACAGUGAGUACUGUUUGUCAGACUGAUCAGCCAUACUGACCGAGCCUCUCCCAGGGUGCCACGGUGGCGCAGCGUUGGAACUGAUGACUCCCUGCUCUGGAGACCUGGCUCCAAUCCCAGCUGUCGGGAUGGAGUUCGCAUGUUCGCCCUGCCACAGCGUUGGGUUCCAUUAGGUGCUCCAGUUUCCUCCCACAUCCCAAAGAUGUGCAGAUCGGUGGGUUAAAUAACCCUGUAAGUCGCCCCAGGAAAGGGUAGAAUCUGGGGUGGAGCUGGUGAGAAUUUGGUGAAACUAACAAAGCAUUUAAUGUAAGAUCAGUGUAAGUGGGGAGUUGGUGGUGGUUAUGGACUUGGUGAGCUCUUUCUGUGCUGUCUCUCUCAGCCAGCACUGCCACUAUUGGUGUCAUUCAGUGUCUUUGGGAGGCCAUUCCCUUCAUCCAGCCCCUUCUCGGUGUCUUAAAACAGAUCCGAUUAUUAAACUUCCCACAGGCAUGAUGAAAACCCUGAAACACUUAAUUCUGUUCCUCCCUCCACAGAUACUGCCUGAUCUGCUGAGUGUUUCUGGUAUGUUCUGGUUUUAUUUCAUACUUCCAGCAUCUGCAGUUGUUUUGCUUUUUGACGAAGGACCAUUGAAUGGGGCUGGGAGGAGCCCAGUCCUGCACAAGGAACCGAAUUGAGAAUACACUGUGAGGUGGGGAGAUGCAUGAGGAAGUGUCCAGGACAGAGUGGGGGGGGGGUGUCAGUGAUUGGGAGGGGUCUCCACAGAUCAUGCUUCAUUUCCCUUGACCCAUGAGUAUGACUGAUUGUGGGAGUGGGACCCUACCCCUGAAACUGCCCAACCUCACCACUCAAUGCCCAGCACCCCUCCAGUAUCCUCAGCUCUUCCUUCCCCUGGGGAGGCUGGUUUGCUUGCUUGUGGCCCCCACACUAUCAGGACAGAGAGCAGAGAAGGAAGCGGGACUGAAAGCAAGAGGCAGCUAGGCUGAGAGUCUCCCCUUUUGGAUAGGGCUGAGGAAGACUGAUGUAGGUUCUGAAAGCAAUGGAUUGCCUAGACUUGCAACCACAAACACAAGAGAUUCUGCAGCUGAUGGAAAUCCAGAGUAACACACACAAAAUGCUGGAGGAACUCAGCAGGUCAGGAAGCAUCUAUGGAAAUGAAUUCAACGGUUCCGGCCAAGAACCUUAGAUUGGUUAGAUUUAUUAAUUUUAUCUUUAUGGCCCAUGUUUUAUCUUCAACCAUAAUAACAAGACUUUGCCAGAUUUGGACUUCACUCUAUGCCAUGCUCUCCACCUGUCACACCAUUUUCACUGUAGCCCAUAGUGGCAAGGGGAGCACUAACAGUAUGGGGUAAGGGUGACUUGGGGGGGGGGGCGUGUCCACUCUCUUCCUUCAGCCUCCAUGGUGGAUGUUCCUGUGGCUGCUGCAAAGGUCUGACCACCUUCAGUGGGCAGUGGGGACUGCAGCCCAUCUGAAAAACACCCUCUGUCCCACCACUGGCCACAGGUUUCUUGACCUUUACUGAGGAGAAGGAGCUAGCGUCGGUGCUGUUGGCAGCACUGAGGUCGAUAAAGAGGUGAACUCCGGUGGUGAGAAUGGGUCCAAGGACUAUCUUACCAAAAAGAUGCUGGCAGAGCAGGAAGGCAUUGGGAAGAACCGUGCCAGUGUGGGGGGUUCAGGAGUGAUUAGAAUGAGUGAUAGUGGUGACCGAGCAUGAGGAGUAACUGAUGUAGGGUGAGAGGGCGUUGUGUGUGCAGGACAUGCAUGACUAAGUUGGGCUGAAUGGCCUGUCUUUGUGUGGUGUAUUCACUGUGGAAAAGGGCACCAGUUUGUGUGUAUUAUGGCCUGUAAACGUGACCCAAUGAGGACUAGAGCCAGGAAGGAUGUUGUGGCAUAUUAGUAGGAGACACAUUCCCUGUCUUUGGUCCCAUCCCUGGGCUGUGGCCCUCAUUUUUCUCACAGAAGGUUAAUGGCCAAGACUCUCCCUGAACAAUCUCACUCUGCUGGUCAGUUCACUCCACUUUACUUGUUAUUUGGGGCGUCUCAAAGCUUAUGUGGCUCUACUGGUCUCAAUACUGAUGGUGAUCAUAACUUACCUUGGUAAUUAUUUUUAAUCUCAGAACUUACUUGUAAAUUUUAAAUAAAGUUUAACUCAAACAGUGACAGAAUUUAUUGAACUUCAGCAUGUGACAUAAAGCGGGUGCUCUGGUGUUCCAUACCCCAAAGGCGUGCAGGACCACGGGCUAAUUGGCUGCAGUAAGUGCACCCCACUGUGUGAGUGACAGGGGAGGGGGAUUGAUGGGAAUGCAGGGAAAAUGGGUCAGUGGCUGUCUCUGAGUCUAUGAUGUUGGGGAUUUGACUGUAACACACUCGUAUGAUAUUUGGGUGAAGCACUGAGGAAGUGCCCCUGUGUUGGAGGCACCAUCUUUACCUUAAACUAAAGAGCAGACAGUAAAGGAGGGCGAGGUGCCAAGGGAGGGAAGCAGAAGAUAGAAGAUGGAGUGGAGAGGGAGUGAGUGAGGGGCAGUGAAGACCUCAAGUCAUGUGAGCAGAAUUAGGCCAGUCAGCCCAUCGAGUGAACUCUGCCCUUCGAUCAUGCCUGGUUUAUCAUCCCUCUCAGCUCCAUUUUCCUGCCUUCUCCACGUAACCUUUGACACCCUGAAUAAGCAGGGGUCUAUCAACAUCCACUUUAAAUAUUUACUCAAUGACCUGGCAUCCAAAGCUAUUUAUGGCAAUAAGUUCACCAGAUUCACCACUCUCUGCCUGAAGAAAUUCCUCCUCAUCUCUGUUCUAACGAGACAUCCUUGUAUUCUGAAGCUGUGCCCUCUGGUCCUAGACUUACUCUCUACAACCACUCUGUCCAGGCCUUGCAAUAUUCAGUCGGGUUCAAUGAGAUCCUCUCCCCCCACCCCCACC